GCUUCCGCCAGAAGACGGGAGAGGGAGGACACUUCAAAAUUCAGGCUUCUCCUUUCCCUUCUCUUGCGCUCGUGUUCACACGCACGAAGCUUUCGUUAACCGUCAAGCCCAGCCGCUCUCCUAUUCCCGCAGAGGCGGGGCUCGCGAGCGGUCUGCCCGCAGGGCACGACGACACGACUCGAGACACUACAUCUAGGGCUGCCCCCCGCGCCGCGCGACCUGGAACGUGUGUCUUAAGUCGUGGAUUGAUGGAACGGAAUAACGAUUUGGUGUUGCUGAUUAAAUGUCAUCGUCCUCUUCGCCCUCUCUCCCUCUCCACUACGCUUCGUUGCUCUGCGGUUACGGCUUCGACUUCGAACUCGAUCGCACUCGUCGCUUCCGUCUUCGUCGAAUUAGUUUUGGUUGCUGGGAUCUCGGGGGCGCUGCGGGGCCUGUGAUGCCGGCGGAUUGGCUGUUUGUGGAUACUUGAUGUAGGCCGGCGGUAGGUAGCGUCAAUCGGGAGAUAAAUGCGGGAGGAUGGACAUAAUGGAGGCAUCGAUCUUGCAUCACAUAGCCUUCGUUCUGUUGUUGCUCUGCGUUCUCGUGCAGUUGGGUUGCGCUCACCCGGUCGUCUUCCUUGUGUCUCUCUUGUAUCUCUACGCGGUUAAUGGUCGCUAUACCUUGAGACUGCAGAAAAGCUCGCAGUUCGAAGAAAGAAAGCAUGCCAAUCAGCGAAGACUUCUCUCUGAUACGGAAUCAGUUAGAUGGUUGAAUCAUGCUAUUGAAAAGAUAUGGCCAAUAUGCAUGGAAAAGAUUGCAUCCCAGCAAUUCCUCUUACCUAUCAUACCAUGGUUUCUGGACAAAUUCAAGCCCUGGACAGCAAAGAAGGCAGUUAUGCAGCAUAUUUACUUGGGGAGGACACCACCUAUGUUUACAGAUAUAAGAAUUCUUCAAGAAUCAGCUGAUGAUGACCACCUGGUUCUGAAGUUAGGGAUGAAUUUUCUUUCAGCUGAUGACAUGAGUGCAAAACUUGCAGUACAACUGAGGAAGAGGUUGGGAUUUGGGAUAACUACAAUGAUGCAUAUAACAGGCAUGCAAGUCGAGGGAAAGGUUCUGGUAGGAGUCAAGUUUCUUCGGCAAUGGCCAUUUAUUGGACGAGUAAGGAUAUGCUUUGUUGAGCCCCCAUAUUUUCAGAUGACUGUAAAACCCAUAUUCGAACAUGGACUAGAUGUCACUGAAUUACCUGGAAUUUCAGGGUGGCUGGACAAAAUGUUCGAUGUUGCAUUUGGGCAGACAUUGGUUGAGCCAAACAUGCUGGUUGUUGAUGUUGAGAAAUUUGUUUCUGCUACUGAAGAAAACUGGUUUACUGUGAAAGAAAUGCCUCCUAUUGGAUAUGUGAAAUUGGAGAUGUUAGAGGGGGCAGAUAUGAAGCCAUCUGACCGGAAUGGAUUUUCUGAUCCAUAUGUAAAAGGACAACUUGGCCCGUAUAGAUUCCGAACAAAAACUCAAAGGAAAACAUUGUCUCCAAAUUGGCUGGAGGAGUUUAAGAUCCCCAUCAGUUCAUGGGAGUCACCUAAUUUACUCACCCUUCAAGUUCGUGACAAGGAUACCAUUUUCGAUGACAUGCUUGGAAAUUGCUCAGUAAACAUCAAUGAUUUGAGGGGUGGACAAAGCCAUGAUAUGUGGUUGGCACUGAAGGAUAUCAAAAUGGGUAGGAUCCACUUAGCAAUAACAGUGAUCGAAGAGGAAUUACAAAAGGAGAAUAAAGAAGGUAUCAGUGAUGCUGAAACAUCAAAAUCUAUGGAACAAGUGCCAAGCAAACCAGAUGAAAUGGUUGAAGAUCUUGAUGAUGGAGAAUAUGCUAAAAUGACUGAUGGCUUCGAGGCCAUUGAUGUUCAGGGGCAAGAAAAAGCAGGGGUCUGGGUACACCAUCCUGGUGCUGCCAUCUGCCAAGAGUGGGAGCCACGGAAAAGACGUGCCAGGCAACCUGAGACCCAAGUCCUUUGGCAGGAGAUCAUAAAUAGCAAAAGUUUAACUCCAUCGCCAUUGUCCGGGUCUCAUCAGAGCGACUCUGAUAGCGAUGAAGCCGCAUAUGGAAAGAAACUCCCCUUUAAAUCGAUCAAAAAGCAUUUGCACAAGUUGGGUUCAGUGUUCCACCGAUCUCCAAUGCAUCUGAGUUCAGAAGCAGGCCACAAGGAAGCUGCUUACUCACUUACCUCACCAAAGAGUGUAGAGUUGGGAGAAUGCGGCUCCGAGACGGGUGAGGUUGAAAGCCUGGGAAAUGGUAGCAGUGUUCAAAGUCCUAAGAACUUUGUGAGCAGGAGCUUUAAGAGCUUGCUUAGCAGGAAGGAUUCGAGCAGGCGCCAGGUAUCAGGUGCCGAUGAUGAUGAUGCUUGGGCGGAUGAUCAACUAGAAAUUCCUGGAUCGUCUAUAAUUAAAUACUAACCAAAGCCAGUGCCAAUGCUGUUAAAGUGGGAUCUGUUCAAACAAGAUAGGCACAAUUUAGUGUGUUGAUCUUGGACUAUAGUAUUUGUGGUAUGUUUUGUUCAUUGUAUUGUGACAGCUGGUGCGCUAUCGAUCAGGUCUCUGCACACUAUCAAUUGUUUAAAAA